GUUUUUGUUGAAGUUGUAACCUGUGAGUUCUUCUGACCUGUCUGGGAUAAGGCCUAACAAUGAGCAACCUUCAGGCGCUGUGUGCUGGGCUUCCAUUAAGUCCAUUACCCCCAAAGAAAGGGAGAGCUAAAGGUGGGCCCCAUGCACCAAAAAGGACUCCUCAUCUUUCCACAGAGGAAGAAAAGGUAAAGUGGCUGAAAUCAUUUUGAAUGGUCUAGAUUUAGGUAAAUGUUGCACACAUACUUGUAGUAUUCCUUUAAGACAAUAUAUAUAUAUAUAUAUAUAUUUUUUGUUCUGUAUAAAAAAAACUGAGCAUUGCUACGGACAGAGUUGCCAGAUUCACCAUGUUUUCCUGGUCUGUGUCUUGUUUAAUGUAAUAGGAAAAGUACUGCCUUCAGCAUGGAGACUUCACAGACUGCCGGACAUCAGUUACUAAAAUAACUGAACUGUGAUAAUUUUCAGAGUAACCUAUGUUUCAGUUUGUGACCAUUCCACUUUUUGUAAAUAAUCAUGACUGAGUUCCCCUUGCAUAAAGAAAAUCAGGUGGGCAGCACUUUACAUGCAGCUCCCAACUUGAUGCCAAAGUGAUGUAUACAUUCAGGAACAAACAAUGAAUGUGCAGCUGGUGAAGAUGAGGGUUUUUUUUUUUUUUUUACCUGUCUAUAUAAAUAAAUAUAUCUUCAUCAUUUGUGCACAUCAACAUGCACACUUUUUUCCAUGUGCAAGGCUGAGCUUCAUCUAUGAAUUUUAUUUAUUACACUGUGAGAGUGGAGGUACAAAAAAAAGUGUAUAAAUUGAUAUAGUAUUUGCACCAAACUGACAUAAUUGUGAAAACAUAUUCAGCAUUUUAUUUUUAAAUCCCCCUCCAGUGGCUCUAGCAAGCUUGUUCAAAGCUGUAAACCUACAGAUUGACCCCUCUGGAAUUCCUGGGUCAUAUUCUCUUUUAAUGGCUGUAUUUAUUACCUGAGCCUAAAAUAUUACUAGUGAUUUGAGAAACUUGCAUGUUCUGUUUGUAGAGGGAUUGUGCAAUCACUGUUUUUGUUCAGCUGUAAAAAUCAGUAAACAUGCUUGAUUGCUGAAACUUUGCUAACCCAGGGAACACAACAUCAAUCUUGUGGGAAAUUCAAACCUGUUAGAAGGUAAUCCAAUCUGCAGGUUAAUCAUUCCUAGUCAUUGUGCAAUCACUGGGCAUUCUGUUGCCUACAUUAUUUGUACAGAAGACUACAUAUACACCCACAUGGCAUGAAGAGUGUUGCCAAAAUAAAAUCAAUGAACUAAAGGGUUACUCCAAUAUUCAUAACGACCACAGCCUACUAUAGUGGCUAAGAUGUCUAAGUACCUGGCCUGGUUCCCCGGUAACGGGGCAAACUGUCUGUUAAUGAUUUGCCCUCUUGCCUGGGUCUUGCCAGGCUCUGAAGCUCCUCUGCUGGUUGAUAGGCUUCUGGUUCCUGCAGGAGCUGGAACCCAAUCCAGUCACCGUUCAUUGGCAGUAGGUGAUGUAAUUUGCCAUUAAUAGCUGUUCGCCAUGGAGCAGAACCUCUUGCCAGCACACCUGCCCUGCAUCUCUCCUCGACCACAGAUGAGUGAGCAUAUCUGUUGCAUCAUAUCGAAAGAGCCAGUAAAAUGUUACACAUAUGGCACUCUGGUGCCCCUGCCAGCCUACUUCAUAUAUUUUAGAAUGGCUUCAUUUCUUGCAGUCCUGGAGUGCUGUUGGCACAAUGCCACCCAGUCCACCCAUGGGUGGGUUUACAUCACAAGCAAUCAGAAACCCCUCCCAACAUUUGCAUUGAUGGUAUUUUUGCAAUACCUAAUCACAAACAGGACCACAGAGGCAACAGCACUGGCGUACAUACCAGGGUCGCAGGGGUCGCGACUGCGACCGAGCCCGGCCCACCAGGGGGCCCGGCCGCCCCUGCGACCCGGUAUGUACGCCCAGGGCCAGCCUCUUCCCCUGGGGGGCCCAGGAGCCGACCACCCCAGGGCCCCCCUGAGGCUGGCCCUGCUGACCCCGGGUGGCCGGUCGGGCAGGCAGGCGGGCGCGCGAGGGAGCACUCAGUACUUCCUCUUCAGCUCCCUCGCGCACCGCAAUGAUACCGGAGCCGGAAGAUGACGUCAUCUUCCGGCGCCGGCAUCCCUACGCGGCGCGCGAGGGAGCUGAAGAGGAGAGGGAGCUGAAGAGGAAGCACUGAGUGCUCCCUCGCGCGCCCGCCUGCCUGCCCGACCAGCCACCCGCCCAGGAGCCCCACUGGACCCCAGGGAAUAAUCCCCCCCAGCACUCCAAAAGGUAAGGAGGCUGGGGGGAUUAUAUAUAAAAAAAAAAAAAAUCAUGUGUGUGUGUUAGUGUGAGUGUUAGAGUGAGUGUUAGAGUGAGUGUUAGUGUGUGUGAGUGUUAGUGUGUGUGAGUGUUAGAGUGAGUGUUAGAGUGAGUGUUAGUGUGUGUGAGUGUUAGAGUGAGUGUGAGUGUUAGUGUGUGUGUUAGUGUGUGUGAGUGUUAGUGUGAGUGUUAGUGUGUGUGAGUGUUAGUGUGAGUGAGUGUUAGAGUGAGUGUUAGUGUGUGUCUGCUAGUGAGUGUUAGUGUGUUAGUGUGUGUGUCUGCUAGUGAGUGUGAGUGUGUUAGUGUGUGUGUCUGCUAGUGAGUGUGAGUGUGUUAGUGUGUGUGUCUGCUAGUGAGUGUGAGUGUGUUACUGUGUGUGUCUUACUGAGUGUGUGUGUUAGUGAGUCUGUUUGAUGUCUGUUAGUGAGUGUGUGUUUGUCAAUGAGAGUGUAUGUUUUGUAAGUGAGUGUGUAUGUAUGUCUGUCACUGACUGUAUCUCUGUCAGUAAAUGUGUGUGUCUGUUAGCUAGUGUGUAUGCCUCUGUAAGUGAGAGUGUGUGUGUCUUCAGCACUUACCUUUCUCCAGCGCCGGACUCCCUUGGUGCUGAGGAUCCCUCAGCCUCUCAGCUCCGAAUGCGACCGCGCACCCAUUCAAACCGCCCAUAGGAAAGCAUUACUCAAUGCUUUCCUAUGGGCGUUCAGUGUGCUCCUCUAGCGGCUGUCCGUGAGACAGCCACUAGAGGCUGGAUUAACCCUCAGUGAAACAUAGCAGUUUCUCUGAAACUGCUAUGUUUUCAGCUGCAGGGUUAAAACUAGAGGGACCUGACACCCAGACAACUUCAUUGAGCUGAUGUGAUCUGGGUGUCUGUAGUGGUCCUUUAAAGGACCACUAUAGUGCCAGGAAAACAUACUCGUUUUCCUGGCACUAUAGUGCCCUGAGGGUGCCCCCACCCUCAGGGACCCCCUCCCGCCCGGCUCUGGAAAGGGGUAAAACUUACCUUUUUCCACCGCUGGGCGGAGAGCUCUCCUCCUCCGAUCCUCCUCUUCUCCUCCCGUCGGCUGUAUGCGCACGCGCGGCAAGAGCUGUGCACGCAUUCAGCCGGUCACAUAGGAAAGCAUUCAUAAUGCUUUCCUAUGGACGCUGGCGUGCUCUCACUGUGAAAAUCACAGUGAGAAGCACGCAAGCGCCUCUAGCGGCUGUCAAUUGGACAGCCACUAGAGGAAAUAGGGGAAGGCUUAACCCAUUCAUAAACACAGCAGUUUCUCUGAAACUGCUAUGUUUAUGAAAAAAUGUGUUAACCCUAGCUCGACCUGGCACCAUUAAGCUGAAGUGGUCUGGGUGCCUAGAGUGGUCCUUUAAGUGUGUGUGCAUCUGCAUGCACUGGCGUACAUACAGGGGUCGCAGCCCUGUAACCCCUGCGACCAGGUGCCCACCGCCAUGUGUUGCGGCCCGGCCCGCGCGCGGGGGGGGGGUCCACGGAUCAAUUUUCGCACCGGGGCCCCAUGGGUCAUGUGUACGCCACUGGGCAACAGGUAGCGUUUAGUACAAACCUGGGUUUAGAUACGGUAACUUGCCCCUGACUGUGAGAGCCUGUGACCUUUUGGCAUGUGUGGAAUCUUAAAAGAUUAACAAAUCACACAGGUUGCUGUUUGUACAAGGUUGUAUCUAUUUAUUUUAAUAGAGACAGACAUACUGGGCUGAUCUUCAGGUUAGGGGACUAGACUUCCUCCACAUCAUGGAAGCCUUGGUAAAUAAACCAUGAAAUCCUUCCAAAUAUUUACUUUAUAAUAGAAUAUGUCAAAGUGUCUCCAUAGUGACUGCCACUGUGGGAUCACCACCAAAAAAAUUGUAUGAUCCAAAACAAUCCAUCACUCCAUCUAUAAAUGUGUAGGAUGGUGCUUUAGCAGACUGUGCCUGCCACUUAAUGUUGGCUCUGUGAAGUCAUCGGAAUCCGUAUGAUAACCUCCCUGGUUGUCUGACACCAGUAGAGGUGUUUCUGGAGUUAAUUAUGAGUGCUGAUUACAAAUAGAACUUGGUACUAAUUUAAAAUGAGAAUAUCUUGAUACAUGUGUGGAGUGUUUAUUUACAUUUAGACAGUAUCCUUCCUUGGGUAACGCACAGUGAGUCUGUAUGGCAAAUUUUAAGGGAUCAUAUCCCACUCACAGUGCUUGAUGCCUAUAAUUGCUCUCAAAGUUUGCGAGACUUUGGACAUGUAAUGUCAAUUAAUCUUCCACAUUACUCAUUUCAAAGAUGGGUGGCAGCAUCCAACGAUUUAGAGCACCAUAACAGCUUUAAUAACCUAUAGUAGUUAUGGUGUAGAUCCUUUACCCUUUUUAAUCUAUAUACAGUGAUGGUCUUUCUCUACCAGAAUAAUCUUGAUAAUGCAAAAAGUAGAAUGAUUCUGUAUUAAUCGUCUCUAGGCUUUUAGAUCACACAGUGUACCAGCUCAUGCCUAUUUAUUGUCCUGUAAGGAGAAAUUACAUUUGUAAUGUUUAGAAAGACUGACUGUGCCUUCAUCUUUAGCUUGCUCUAGAAAAUGCCUUGCGCUACUUCCCUCCUGAGCUGCAUGAAACCCUGGUGACUGAAUUUGCUGAAGAGCUGAGAUGCUAUGGUCACAUCUACAUGUACAGAUUCCACCCUGAGAUAGAGAUGAAGUAAGUUGUCCACUUAAAAUAUUUUAUUUACACCAUCUUAAAGGGAAAAGUAACUUCCCAGGUUUAAUAUUAAUUUAAAUGUAGAAAUCCACACCUCUUUAUCCUGCAUCCGUGAACCAGGGCCGCCAUCAGGGGGUGACAACCAACCAUGAUGGUUGUCACGGGCCCGGCCGUCCGGGCCCCACAUGGAGUGGGGAAACUGCCGCAGGUGCAUCUGCACCGGGGCCCAUCAGGUGGCCCGAGCAUUUAGGGCCACCCGAUGGGCCCUAUAUCUUCAGGGGCCCGGUCAGCGCUGCGGCUGGGUAAUAGCGCGACCGGGCCCCUUUUAAAAAAAUAAAUAAAUAAAUAAAUUGCGGCUACACCGCAAGUGCUGCUGAGAGGAAGUGACGGAGUGGCAGAGAGCGGAGAAGAGGGAGAGCAGAGGACACCAGAGGCAUCCACUCCCAUCAUCUCCAGCCACCCUCCUGCAACUUAAAGGUAAGAGGAGGGUGGCUGAUAAAUGAAGUGUGUAUGUGUCUGUGUGUGUGUGUGUGUGUGUGUAUAUAUAUAUAUAUAUAUAUAUAUAUAUAUAUCUCUAUCUAUCAGUAUGCAUGUAUGUCAGUAUGUGAGUAUGUAUGUGUGUAUCUUCCCGUGUGUGUGUAUUCCUGUGGGCGGGAUUUGGAGACAGGGCUUGGAGGCGGGCACCCGGGGGUCCAGACCUUGAGCUAUGUUAGGGGCCCCACAAUUUCUGAUGGCGGCCCUGCUGGGAACCUCCAUCUUAGCUCACUGUCAAUCAUUGAGAUAAUCUCUGUCCUUUGCACCUUGCAGUCAGCAUAGAGGAGAAAUAGAAUAGGAGAUAUCCCAAUGUGCUCUGAAAAGUAACAGUCAAAUUCUGUUGCAAUAUUGUUCGUACUUAAUAAAGUGUUCUAAAAGUGACAUUUUUCUUUUAUAGUAAAUCCCACCAGUUUAUGCAGAAAUUAAAGUUUUUGAAGACUGUCAAACGUAGCAUGGCAGAAAUAUAGAGAAGUAAAAGAGAAUCCUACACACAGAGCAAAAGUGGCAUAGAAUAUAAAAUCCAACAUGACCGAGCCAAAGAAGCAUCAGAAAUCCAAAGGAUUUAGUAAAUUGUACCAAGAAUUUGCAGAAAACUAGAAAUAAGUGUCAUCCACAUUUUAAAAGGGCCAUCUGACACUAGAAGAACUUCAUUAACUUCACCUCAAUAAUAUUGUUUUGGUGCGAGUAGUUCCCAUGCUCCCAAUUGCUCUGCCUCUCUACUCUAACUCCGUGUUUGAGGUUUCAAUCAUGAAGCCUCAGACUGGGUGCCAUUGAUAAGCCAGUAGCUCUCCAUUGAGGAGAGAUUAAAACAGAUAAGCAAUUUCUUCACACUUUUCCCAAUGGACAGUUACUCAGGGGCUGAGAGUGUCAGCAGCACUCCGUUCAAAGCUUCCUGAGUGAAACCUCAGAAAUUGAGUGGAAGUACAGGGGCAGAGCAAUUGGUUUCCUUCAGGUGAGCCCAGCGUCUCCUCACACAUAAUUUCGAUGCAGUGACGUUAUGCUUCACGGUGUGGUCUUUUAAAUAUGCAAAUAUAUACUUCACUAGUUUGAUUUACUUUUCAUUUGUGAUAUUGGUCCCAUGUGUACCUCGACUGCACUGUGAUAUAACAUGAUCUUUAUUUAUAAAUGUAAAAAUUAAAAUGGAGCAUAUCAUAGAAAAAGAUUAUCAAUUAUUAUUUUUUUUUUUUUUCUAUUGGUGUAAUUAUCAGGAAAGAGACAGUAUACUUUAAAUUGCUUAAAACAUUAUUUAACCCUAAAUAGAAGCUAAGAAAAAACAAAACGUUUAUAGAAUUUUGCUUAUAGCAGAUUAAAGGUGUACAGAUACUCUAAUAAAGUUGUGGUAGUCUCUCUAGUCCUUCAGUAACUGCUUAGAUACACAGUACUGUUUGUAACUUCUCACGUGUGCCUACUUGCUAAUCAAGGUAUAGUGUCAUCAUAAGUAUGCCAUAUAAAACAUUUUUGGUUACACUGUUUGGUAACAACCCUGUUGCCAUUUAAUGUCUUCCUAGAGCAUACCCCAUCACAGAAUAUCCCUGCCAUACCACACAGGCCGCUGCCGUUAUGCAUAUGAUCAUGAAUAAUUUGGACCCAGCCGUGGCUCAGGUAUUCUUCUAUGACUACAAGACUAAAAUUCAUCCUAGUGUUGGCAAGUGCGCUCUUACAAUAUGCAGUAAUUACACCUAAUUAAUUUGGACUAUAUUAGCAUUGAUGUAAAAAACUGUACAGUAGAUUGUCAUUGUUUGUGACUAAAAAUCCAACUAUCCAAACCCCACCUCAGAACGCAUUCUGUCUGCAUCCCCACUAUUUAUUUGUUUAAAGACUUCCAUUUGAAAACAUGACCAAUUCACACUUUCAACAAUUCUAUAAUCGAAGGAAACUGGAGGGGUUUUCUGAAGCCACUAGUCCAGGGCUGUCCAACCUGCGGCCCUCCAGAUGUUGCUGAACUACAACUCCCAUGAUUCCCUGUCUAUCUUUUUCAUUGAAAGAAUCAUGGGAGUUGUUGUUCAGCAACAUCUGGGGGGCCGCAGGUUGGACAGGCCUGCACUAGUCUGAAAUAUGUGGCUAUUAACCUAUCCAAUUUUUUUUUUUUUUUUUGAUCCAUUACUCAGUUUAUAUAGACAGUGUGUGACACACUGACCGAGUGCCUCGAUACUCCUACUGCUCACCGAGGCAUUCCAGCACUCCACCAGGAACCAUAAGCACUGGAGACCCCACUUCCAGUGAUGCAGCUGCGCCGGGGUCUCGCUGUCCUUCACCCACCCUGGACCCAAGACCAGGAUCCAGCUUCCAAUAGGCAGACCUCUCCUACUCCCAGAGAGCGUAGCAGGAACAGCUCUUAUAAGAGCUAGUGAUUAUAAUUCCUAGUGAUAAAGCAAUCCCCAGGAUAGAUACAGCCGUUUCCCCCACACGAGAUGAGAGUCUAUGUUGAGGGUAAGCAGGAACAGAAUUUUAAUAGGCACACUGGCCUUUUAUGCAAGUUUCCUAACAAGGGUGACAACCAGGUGGACCUUGUUGGGCACAGGGACACAAAGUAAAUAAACCAAUUAAAAACAGUCAUACAGUAAGACACUCCCAUACACAAACAAUAGAAUCCCUCCUCUGUGCUUGGGAGAUAAUUGAAUCAGGAACUGCACUAAUCUAACCCAAUUAUCUCCAAGCACAGUAAAACAUACCAUUUUAUGAAACCCCAAAAAGUACCUUAAAAAACACACAAAACCCCAUAACCAUUACAUCGGAUCGCCCCGAUCUGGGUGAACAACCUAUCCAAAAAUCACCCAGAUCGGUUCAGGAAUUUCCUGGAAGUCAUAGUUUUGACUGACCAUGCACAUGGUCCUAUGCCCAAAACAGUUCCAGGGAAAUCAGUCAGUCAAGUUGGGUAGUCUUUUACAGGAUUCCCUGCAGGGCCCAUAGUUUGUGGGCAGGAGGCUAGCAAGCAGGCCCCCUCCAAGUACAAGUGGCGAGGUUACUUUUGCCACACAGUGAAAUUAAAAUUAUCGGUCAUUUUCGGUGGGCAUAUCAAAAGAUUUUGUUACAUUUUCCAGUUUACUAAAUUCACUUUUUUUAUUUUUUUUAUUUACUUUUUAUUUUUUAAUUCUUUAUUUUUUGUUGUGCAGUGAUAAUACAAGCAGGCGUUCAAUGCCACAAUAGCUAGAGCAAGCUCUUCAGGAAACAUAACAAUUUUUUGGCAAUGUGAGAUUUCAGCACAGUUUUAUAAUAUAAGAUAAUCAUGCAAGGCAGACAUGUCAAAAACUUUAAAUACAUGCUAUUAGUCUAGACAUGAUGAGAAUACUCACUAAGUGGUAUUGUUUUAUGACCUGUAAGACCAACAUAAGUGUAACGUAUCGCCUGGCACUCUGACAGGGUACCUCCGUUGACUGAUGCUUCUAGUGCUUUCUGAAGGGUCCAAGCACUCCACUAGACACCAUAACCACCGUAGACCCCACGAACCACCGCAGCUUGGUUGGGGUCUCGCCAUCUUCCACCUACUCUGGACCCAAGACCAGGAUCCAGCUUCCAGUAGGUAGACCUCUCUUAAUCCAGAGAGCAGGAACAAGUUCUUACAAGAGUUUAGUGAUUAUACUCUGGGGAGUAUAGUGAUUAUAGCAAUCCCCAGAGUGUAGGUAGUUCUCCAAUCCCCCAAACAUGAGCUGAAACUUCAUGAAGGGUAGAACAAGUCUGAAGCUUUAUUGAUACAGGUUGGCUUAUAUACUUAUAAUUCCUGAGGUCAGAGGCACACGCCCUGGACCUGAUGGAACACUGCAUUACAAACUGUACAGACCAAUAAGAACAGUAUAACACUCGCAUAUACAUUAAACACCCCCCCCCCAUAUCUGCCUGUGAUAUAAUUAAGGUAGUUAAUGCAGAAACCUAAUUAUCCACAGGCAGAAAAAACACAAAUUUAUACAAAGUCUAGGGAACACCCCAAAAAAUAACAUAUCCCCUGAUAGCUCUGAUCUGGGCAAACAACAUAUCUAAAAUCACCCAGAUCAAUUUUAUGCAAGUCAUAUUUUUGCCCAGGCUAACCCAGGGUUUCAUGCCCAAAACAGUUCCAUAGAUUCACGGCUAAGUGCCGCUGGAGGACCAACCGGGAACCGUGAGGUUUUCAUGCCGAAAAUAGUUCCAGGGCAUUCGCGGUUAAGUCCCCCUGAAGUCUAUUCACGGUUUUAGUCUAUGCGAACAAGAUGGCCACCACCACGUGUUAGAAUGGCGGCCACUGAGACUGUUCGGGAGUUCGAAGAACCAAAUGUUUAAAGUCCCAAUAGGCACAAUUCGGGUCUCUCAGCCAAAAUAAAUUAAAGGGGCCAUAGUCAAAUGGCAAAAGGCUGGCCAAUAGUCCCCUCCAAGACCCAGUGUCAAAAUUGCUUUUGUCACAAAGAGUAAGGACUGAUGGUGCCUACUUAACUGUGUUGCCACCAUCUUACUUAGCGUGAGAAGGAAACGGUAGUGGUUGCAGACAUUAUGGUCUCCCUUUAUCAUCUAGGGGGUUAAAAUUUUAGGUGGCAGACAUUAUGCCCACUCCAAGGGGGAGUAAACUAGAGGUGUUGCUACAUAUAAAUAUGUCAGGAGGGUGUUUUUUAAAAAUUAUAACAAUAGAAGUAAAGACAACAGGUCUAAUUAAAAUCAAGUUAGCCUGGCAACACGUAUAUUACUGGUGUUAAACCUAAAGUCAGGAUGACUGCUCUAUACGGUCUGUAAAAAAAUAAAAUAUAAAUAUAUAGGCUGAAACAGUGUGGGGAGUGAGAUUCUCCUCUGCUCCCGCCACCAUGGUGGAUUGUGGCUUGCUGCCACCAUGGCAGGAGUGCAGGACUCCGUCAUCGCAGGAGAUAGGGAGGGGUCGAGCCCUUUUCGUUCCACUGCUUAGGUGUGUGCUUUAGGUGAGUAGCAUGAUUCCGCCGGUAUGUGUCACCUUGAUGUGGUCUGCUGGGUAAUGGAUACUGUCCUAGGACUUGCUUUUGAGGCAGCAGCGAGUUUGUCACCAAAUGCUUUUCCAGCCUGGCCCAAAAGUCCUGAAAUAUUGCUUCCAAUCUCCGCAGGGGGCACCCAGCGAGGCUGCUUUCAUCAGCACAGAUUAGUAUUAGGCUUUGUGCCAUUGGGGAAGGCCUCUCCACCAUCUUGGGUAGCAUAGAUAUUUGCAGAUUAGUCCGUCCAGCAGAGACCGGGAUAACCCCCACCAGUCCAGGAGUGGGGGGCAGGGAAGGAUAUACCGAAAGUAGCAUGCACUGCAAACUUGAGAGCAGGGAAUUCACUUUUUGAGUCCUAAAUUGGGUCAUUUAACUACUCAACAACAUUGUAAUGAAUUCAAAAGAAUAUUUGGGGCAAUUGGAAAAACUUACAUGUGGAUUCACUAUCCUAAUUUAGUACAUAAAACUCUCCAAUUCGACCCAAAUUAGUUUGUAUUAAAAUGUAUCCUAACUGAUCUAGGUGGAAACCCAACAAUAUGAAAUAAGCCCAUUAAUAUGUUCAGGGAUUACUUGUGUAUAUAAUCUGUUGGAGGAAAAAACAAUCCAGUUUGAAAUAAAUUAAACUGCCUUAAAAUGUAAUAAAGCCUAUAAACGUCAUGCUCUAACCAUGUAGAGGCUGCUGAAUGAGAUGUCAAGAUAAAAAUUUAUAAAAAGAAAUGUAUUCAAAUUUAAAAAUAGACUAAUGCCAGAUGUGAACUUAUAAAGAUGUCAACACAUCACUAUUUUCUUUCCUAAAUAAAGUUUUCAUUACGUAGGUAGAACAUUGUAAGACGUCAUUGGAAUGUUGGUAUUUCCUCUGUUGGCUGAUCUUCCAUGAAGUUGAACACAAACCUGUAUUACUGACCCUAUAGUGUUAAAACAACCCAGUUGGUCGCCUGCUGCACUUAGAAAGGGUUAAAGCUUACCUUUUUUGUUCAGGUCUGUUGACGUUGGCCCAGCCCACGAACUGACUCUUUGGCUGACAUCAGAAUAUCAGAAUUGAUGAUCCCAGCAAAUCCAAUGCUUUCCUGUAAAGAAGGCAUUGGAUUGGCUGAGAUCGCCAAGGAAGUGGGGCGGGGCCAAACACCGGCCAAGCCAGUUAGCAUCUCCUCAUAGAGAUGCAUUAAAUCAAUGCUUCUCUGAGGAAAGUUCAGUGUCUCCAUGCAGAACGUGGAGACGCUGAACGGUAGUGUUGCACACUGUGCAGAUGUCCACCGGAGGUGCUUCCUGGUACAGUACUGCAGAGUGGCAGCUGGAAGUGUCCCUAAACUUCAAAUGUAUGAAAAGACAGUGCAAAAUGCCUGAAGGGAUUGUCUAUAUACAAUAAGCUGUAGUUGUUCUGGUGACUAUAAUGUCCUUUGAAGCUUUACAUACAAUGCUAAUUAACCUGAUGGUUUUUCUACCCAGUUUCCCCAGGAGCUAGUGACUUAUGGAGGGAAUGGUCAAGUUUUCAGUAACUGGGCCCAGGUAUGUAUGAGAAAAUCUCCAGGUUAUCCUAUUAUGUAUGCACCUGUCCUAUUGCCAUAUUUGAAUUCCUUGGAUCAUCCAAUUAUGUUUGCCUUGAGAAGUGUGUCCUGAAUGAAAUCCUGCCCCAUAGGGAGAGUGUCAGAAGAAUGACUGACUGAAUCAGAGGCUUAACUUUGGAUGCCAGCCUUGUUCUAUAGGGUUGCCAGGUCACCAUUUUAAAUUUGUUACAUCAUAUAUUUUUCUUCUUCCCUUUUUCCAAUCUUUAUUUAACGAAAAAGAUGUUGUUUUCAAGUAAGAACAAUAACUCAAUAUUACUAGUGCACAACAAUGUACAAUAAAAUUGAUAUCUUGUUUGCACACAUGAUUAGCACAACAACAAUUUGAGAAGCCAGAACAAGUUAAAGGGAAGCUAUAGUGCAGGAAAACAAACUGCAUUAUUUCAUGUUCCUUGCACUGCCUCUAUUGUGCUAUACUCCACCACGAGCCUUUCAUGUGCAGGAAAAUGAAUUUGCAUGGUAUACUCUGGAUGUGCUGGGAUAGCCUGGUGUACAAUGUAAAUGAAAUAAAGCCGUUUAGAACUGACAAAUGAAAUGCAAUAAAAAGCACAAAAACCCAUAGCUAACCUUUUUAGUUGUGCAUACAUUUUUGAUGUGACCAUUUCGUCUUAAAAUACUUGGCAUGCUUAAUCAUUAAAGAUUUUUAAUCAAUAUCUCGAGAGAUUUCGCUACGUAUAUCACAUUUUUUUUGUUAUUGCAGUUUUAAGUAAGCAUAAGGAUGUGUGGUGUGGGAUUUUUUUUUUUUGUAUAGUUAGUUGUGGAUCAUAUGUAAUAAUGUAGCAUGGUUUUCUUAUCUCUGAAGUUUUGGCUCGCAAUGCACUACCUAUCCAAGAUGACCAACCACCAGACACUUGUUAUGUACAGUGGACAUCCGUUAGGACUAUUUCCCAGUCAUCCUUCAGCCCCUCGAGUUGUGAUCACCAAUGGAAUGGUGGGUAUUUCUCACUAAUUUUUUACUUAUCACAUGAUUGGUUUGCAUCAUCCUACAAUGCUAAAGGCACAAGUGAUCAAAAACUACUUUGAGACCAUAGGGUAAAUAGCUUUUGCUCAUGUUCAGUUAUAUGUUUUUGCUUCAAUACAUUUGCUUGGGGUCUUUCUAAAUUAAAGUGUAAUCCAGAUGUGGAGCCCAUGCACACUAUGCUCAAAGGGGUAUCAGCCACACCUGCCCAGAGAGGCCCACAGAAGACUGGAACGAUUGUCUGGGAAUGCUGUAAUUCUUAAGGGAGAACUUGCCUGGCAUUUCCGAUAUGGUCUGGAAUGCCCUUACGGGUGGGUCAGUCUGAUCUGCAAAUAAUAUAGGUUCACUCUGUAAUGGCACAAGUCAGUGAAAACUAUUUUGAGACGUGAGAGGGGAUUAACCAAAUGGCAAGUUAUUGGGGUUUUCUAAGAGUUUGCCCGUUCUCUGAAUUCUCAUGCUCUGUUUAUCUUUCGCCAGCUAAAUUGUUCCUGGGGUGGUAUUCAUUAGAUAGACUAAAGGCAAUGGAGAUGUUAGUUUGAGGCAUGUGCCCCUGGAAUACUGACAUAAAAUGGUAAUUAAAGGGACACUAAAAAAAAAAAAAUGAAAUUGUUAUUGAAGUGCUUAAAGAACCUGGAGACCGCUAUCAAUAUCUCUCCAUUCAGUGUUAAAUUAUUUUUGAAAGGCAAUAGGACCCUCAUUCAUCAUUAAACAAAGGGGUGGAGUUGGGGUUCUCUGGCAUUAUAACCACUUCAAUAAAAACUUUUAAAGGGACACUCUAGUCACCAGAACCGUUACAGAUUAAUGUAGUGGUUUGGGGGUCUAAAGCCUGUACCUGCAAACUGUGAAGAGUGAGUAUUUACAUUGCUCCCUAGGGACACCUCUAGUGGCGGUCACUAAGUCGGGAACUGGAGGUGCUUCCUAGUCCAGUGCACUUGUGUUCAGCACCUCCAUGCUCUGCGUGGAUGUACUGAAUGUUUCCCAUAGAGAUACGUUGAUUCAGUCCAUCUAUAUGAGGAGAUGCUGAUGGCAUGUUUUCCUAAGGGAUAGCAUUGGAUUGGCUGAGAUCAUAAAGCUUAAUGAUUUCAGCCGUGGAGGUAAAGCCAUCCGUGGCAAGACUGGCACAUGUGUGAGAAAAGGUGAGUAAAAAACACCAUUCCUAUGUGAUUAAAUGGGAGCAGGGACCUAAAUAGUUACCAACUAUAGUGUUGGGAAUACACAUUUGCAUUCCUGACACUAUAAUGUUCCUGUAAAAAGAUACUCCCCUACCAAAAUAACAAUAUGGUUUAGUUGAUCUACCCCAAUGAAUAAAACUGCAUAACUGAAAUACAUGUAUGUUUUCAUUGGAGUUAUAUCUCAAAACCGCUUCCAAUCCUGCAGUUUUCUUGGAGCCACUUCAUUCUUAUAUUCCCCCGACAAGCACAUUUUAUACUUUCUGAGACCCUAAAGUAAUGGAGUGACUGUCACAGAGGAGAGCAGGACAACCACCAGCAAGAGGAUUAUUACGCUUUUCUUAAUCAUUCAAUUGUUGGCACAGAAUUCUCUUCAUAGAUGUGUUUGCCAGCAAGUGACUGACAGGUGGAUACCUGUUGUUUCUACCACAAGCGGUACACUUUAAAGGGACCGUGAACUGAAAUUUUUAGAAAAGAUGCAUUACUGAAAGGAAUCCUGUGUCUAUAAUUCUGCUGUAUCUAAAAUAUAUAAAAUGUUUUGUUUUUGUUUUUUUAAUUUUCAACUGACCAGAAGCUUUUUCCAUCUUUAGGUCAUUCCCAAUUAUUCCUCCAAGCAGGAAUACGAGAGGAUGUUUGCCCUUGGUGUCACUAUGUAAGAAAGUUUUCUUCUGAUCAAUGUGUUGACUGACAUUCCCUUCUCAUAUACAAAAUUUUCUUUUUGCUGUUUAUUGGAAAUGUUUGCUGUCUCUGGUCAUAUGGAAUAUUUAGUUUACGGGGUAGGGGGAGUAGAGGGUAAAAAAAACAAAAGGUGAGCUGACAUUACAACUCUGUAAAAGUUGCCACGUCUAUCUUGCAGGUUAUGUAUAACCAAGUGAGAUUAAGGAAUGAAUUGUAUUCCAUGGCAUCAGCCAGACUCCCAGCAAACCUAGAUUAAAUCCUUUGCUUGCCUGAAGUAUACAUGCAAAUCUAUAAUCAAUAUUAACAUUUAAUAAUGGUCUGUGUAAUCCUGAUCAAACUGACGCGUUUCCCUUCAGUAAAAGACAUGCUUGUUUUUAUUUAUCUUGGUAUAUGUUGGUAUUAAAACCAUUGCCAUUCUAAGUAUAUUCUGUAAGCGUGUUCUUUGGUCUGUUUCUUGUCAGGUAUGGUCAGAUGACUGCUGGGAGUUACUGUUACAUUGGGCCGCAGGGUAUUGUUCAUGGCACAGUGGUAAGUAAUAGACUUCCUCAUUCUGUUUCAAAAGAAUCGCAAUUCCUCCAAGUUUGGCAACUCUGAACUGCCAUUCGUGAAUUGGUUCCAUCCAUGACACACAAGAUGGUUGGUGGGGGAAAAAAUGGUGGCUUGUCCGUUACGAAAUGCUGAUUUUAUUCGCCAGUGAAGUGAAGAUUGACCAAUGGGGGGCAAGGGGAGAGGAAGAGCAGUUAAAAAAGCCUGCUUAUGUUGUUUGACUCCGUUAUUGAUGUCGGGUUUCAAUUGGGUAUUGCCAUUGAUUGGCUUGCACUGUGAAUUAAGCCCAGCUUGUGCUGUCUCUUCCAGCUGACCAUAAUGAACGCUGGCCGUAUUUACUUGGGUUUGGAUGACCUGGCAGGAAGGGUCUUUGUGACAUCCGGUCUUGGAGGAAUGAGUGGUGCCCAGGCCAAAGCAGCAGUGAUAGUUGGCUGUGUGGGGGUUAUAGCUGAGGUAAAUCUUUGUUGCACAAUUAAAUAUUUAUUUCAAUGUGGCAUAAAUGUUGAUCAUGGAAGCCUUCUGCUUGCCCUAGUUACUUAACAGACUAAUUUAUUUGUUUUGCCUGUUAAACCAACAGAAUAUCCCAUGAAGAGGGACGCCAGAGUGGAAGGGGGCAAGCCAAUGAUGCAAUUUGCGUCAUUGACAUGACCCUUUGAGGCUGCCUGUCAAUCCAACGCGCCUCCACGGGCGGACCAUGCAGAGAGCACUUUAAAAAAAAUAAAAAUAAAAAUUUGUGCUCUCUGCAGGGUCCUAGUGCCCUGAGCAUAGCACAAGUGAGUCUAAUGAUGCAGUUAUGCUAGUCUUCAUGGGACCAUUUCACUAUUUUUCCCAAAAGCAGGACACCAGGGAACAGUCAGGAUGGCAGGACAAGACCCAGAAAUCAGGGAUGUUGGGAGACAGGCCAACAGUCAAUAACUUUCGAUAACAAUGUACACUUCGAUAACUGCAUUUCAGUUCUGUAAUUCUCAUAAUCGUCUAUGGAAAUAAGAUGGUUGCAUUGUUAGAUUGUAGUAAAUAAUACAAUUUUAUUAAAACAUUGGAUUUAUUUAUUUUCCAAAAUGUGACCACUAUAGCAAAACAAUAUAUAGGUUGGUUCUAACCUUAGGGACCAUAAUGGUAACGUAUAGCACCAAUUAAAAAUACAUUUUGGAACCAUGUACCUCAACAGUUUUGAGUAGAUAAUGCAAAAAACGUAUGGCAUAUUAGAUCUUGUGUUUACUUCUUCUAAGCGGUUUCUAGGCUCCGGUGUUUGUUUCAUGACCUUUAACUAGUGAUGCCAUGUCCGUUUUUGUUUUGUUUGUUUCCUCCCCCUCCCCCAAUAUAGGUGGAUCAGUUGGUUCUGGAGAAAAGACUCCAACAAGGAUGGCUAAUGGCGAUUACCAGUUCUCUGGAUGACUGUAUGGAGAUGAUCAGGUACAACACUUGUCAGGUAGCUAGUAGAGCUGCUUGCUAAUAAACUAUACCAUGGUGGGUCUCCCUACUGUGUCUUACGUGUACACUUGUGCUUUUCUGUUACUAUACCUUUUUAUGUUUCUUUUGUUGAUUGUCAUAGUUUUGUUUGCAAGCGAUUGUAUAGCGCAAGUUUACAUUUGAUAUUGCUUUGACACUGCCUAACUGGCAUCCUUUAUGGUCAAAAGGACCCCACAAUUUCCCCCCCCCCUGCUACUCCACAACGUUACGCUAACUAUUCCACCACCGAUUAAGUGGGAUCUAUAGCCUCCUCGAUUAACCUAGAGGUACAACGCCUCUUGAUCCCAAUACUUUACACCGGAGGCAUACUCUACUCCUUACCCUUAAGUAUCCAUUCUACUAUUUACUAUUUCAUUAUCUUACAGUGGGUAACGGAUGCAGAGUGUCUAAUUUACUAAACCUUAUUACAUAUUUCAUUAUAAAAUACAAAACCCUACGGCCUAGAAUGCCUCAUACCUACCUAUGUUAUAUGCAGUACUGUUGUUUAUGUCUAUACUAAUUUUAUCUUACCACUUAUCUACUUACUGUAUUGUACAAUGAUUUAUUCACCGUGAAUAAAGAAAGCAUGAAAAACAUAAUAUAUACACACACUUUCUUUUCCCUGCUCUGACUGUACCUUAGUUAACAUUAAUCCAAUGUCCCUUUUAUGGGUAGUGAUGGGGUGUCUCUGUGUGUGAAGAUAUGGGAGAUCUAAACAGAAUUUUUUUAUUUUUUCUUUAUAUUUUUACAGAAAUGCAAAAAAGAAAAAAGAGGUUUUGAGUCUGGGAUACCAUGGGAAUAUUGUAGAUCUUUGGUAAGUUUUGUGUACUUGGUUAUGUGUUAACCCAGUGGUUCUUACUGAGGAAGUGGUGGGGCCUAUAAUGUACAAGUAUGAAAGAAUGACUAUAUAAGAAUCAAAAGGUGUCCUUGAUGUUGACAUUCGUUCUUGAAAAAGUGUUCGUAUUGGCAUAAUAUCAUAGACUAUUGCAAGGAUCUGUGUCAAGGAAAUUUUGUUUUCUUUGUCAGUUGAAAGCAAUCUCUGAAGCAUUUGAGAAGGUAAGCAGGUUCCGUUUGCAUUUAAACUGAUAUGGUUGCAUCCAGGUUCUCAUUAGUCAAUAGGUUAAUCGAUACAUUAACCACCCUCCUAUUAAGAAAGAAUCCUUUAUUUGUGCCAAGGUUAUUCUGCUGCUGAUUUUAUUACUGACCUGUAUUAACAGAAAUGUCUUUUUUCUGCAGGGAGAGGCUGGUGGAGGAAUAUGAGAAAACAGGUGAACGACUGGUAGACCUAGGAUCUGAUCAAACUUCAUUACACAACCCCUUUAAUGGCGGCUAUCAUCCAGUGCAACUGCAAUUCAAUGAAACCAUUUCCAAUGAUCGUAUUGAUCCAGAUUAUUUCCGCCCGCUUGUGCAAGAGAGGUGAGUGUAUGUGCAGGCCUCCUAUAUUUAUUUGUGCAACAAUGCAUACAGUGAUAAACCGUGGAUGUGAUAAUACAUUAAACGUGCUCCUGCAGUCUCAUUGCUCAGUUCUGUGCCAUUUAUGAGUUAAAUCACUUUGUUUAGGACGCACACAGCCUACCUACACAUUUCCUGACAAGAGUCUUAUUGGUUUUAACUUCCCUUAUUGCACAGUCUGUUUAAUAUAGAAUGUUUUAUAUCCUUCUCUGUUAAUAGCCUGCAACAGCUUCCUAUAUGUAAUUAAAGCUUAAUUCACUAAGCAGUAAACACACUGCUCUGUAAGAUCUGAUUGAAAAUGAAACUUAAAAAAAAAUAAAAAAUUUUAAUGUAUUUUUAUUUUGCCAUGGAGACUGAGUCACAGCUAGAAGAGUUGCAGCUGCUUAAACAGGAACAAGUCAUUUCCUUAUUUUUAUUUUUUUUAACACAAUUGUUAAUCCUGUAUUACAGAGAACAAGAUUCUUGUAUUCAGAUGAUCACUGCAUUAUUCAGAGACCUAACUUUUCUCAAUAAAUUUAACUAAUAAAGAAAUUGUAUCUAAUAUAUUAAUUUGCACUCUCUCUCGUAGCUUAAAGCGGCAGGUAGCCGCCAUCAACAAACUGUCUGAUGCUGGCAUGUUUUUCUGGGACUAUGGAAAUGCUUUCCUGCUUGAGGCACGGCGAGCCGGUGAGGAAGCGGUUUGCAUGGAUAUGAAUGACUUAAUGUAAAUAUGUCUUGUUUGUUAUCUUCAUAGCUAUAAAGUAAGGAUUUGUGCCAAAUAAAGCCCUUUUCUAACCCUGCCUAGGAGCUGAUGUAGGGAAACCCGGGGGAUCUGGCAUAGAGUUUCGAUACCCAUCCUACGUUCAACAUAUUAUGGGGUAAGACAUAAUUUCUGAUAAAUUGGUAUUUAUUCUGCAUUUACAAGUCUAAAAGUAUAUUGACUAACACAAUCUUCUAAACCUGAUACAAUACUCUUGUAAAUGUUUUAUUUUCCAUACCUGGCUGUGGUUGUAGGGAUCGAGUUAUAAAAGAGUUAAGGAGGACGGUGACUGCUUUUUUUGAAACAAGAGGAGUUAGCAAUGUGUUUCAGUUAUUUUUAUAUAUUUUCCCUCCCCUUUUGGUUAAUGAAAUGAAAGCACAACGUUGACAGAGCAAAUAAGUGAAGAAUUCUAAACAUCUGCUAAUUUUUGUUGUGUUUUUGAACAGCAAUAUAUUCUCUAUGGGUUUUGGACCAUUCCGAUGGGUGUGCACCUCCGCAGACCCCGCAGAUCUUUCGGUCACUGACCAGAUAGCCGCUUCUGUCCUUGAAGAGCUUAUUUCGCAAGCAGAGGGUAUAAAGACAUUUGAUUGCUAUACAUGAAAGUUGGUCGUCUUAAAGUUCAUAAUAGUAUUGCAGUAGAUAACCCCAGGUCUGGUAUCCAAAACUGGUAGGUCUUAAAUGACCGGAAUAGACACAUCAUAUGAAUCGGGUAAUGGGUAGCCAUUGCUACAAUCAGUGAGUCGACUCUGCUUGAUCCUUAUGAUGCCAAAUAAACAAUUUGGGUUGCACAGUAGUACUACUACUACUGACAAGUGAGGGAUUAUCCUGAAAUCCAUAAUACAGUAAUUUUUCUGCCUCCCCCUCCCCCCACUAACUUUUUCUUUUUUUGUUGUUGUUUUCACCUUUUUAUCCAGUGAUCUAUUUAGGUUUUUGUCUGUCCUAGACCCAUCCAAGUCCAACCACCUAUAUACUUUAUCUUGGAUAUAAGCAAACUGUCACACAUACUUAACUAGCCACUUGCAAAACUAAUUAGCCACACGUACAUUUAUUAAUCACCUUAUAUAGUGGUAGUAACCCUAAAUAAAGAUCUUCGUAAUCUGUUUUUUGAGAGCCAAAAGCUCCAUUGGGACAGAAAGAAUAUGUAACAAAGAAUCCUGCUUGUUGGUGUAUGUCAGAUAUAGAUGUAUAUGUGUGUGGUUUUUGUUUCCUGUAUGCACUGUGAUUUAGUGUUUUGUUCAUAUUGUUUCUUUACAAGGUCCAUCCUUUGCCUGGUACAAGAAUCCUGUUACUGAACAGGCUUAUAGACUACUGCUGUGAUUUCACCGGCAUUUUUGUUAAACAUUUAUGUGGGUUUUUCAAUCUGCACCUCAUUGAUAAAUUACAUUGGUGGUCGAAGGUUUUAGAAGUGUGGGUGGUGUUAAGAUGGAUUUUCUAUUGUCUAGUGCAGGUGUGUGGUGUGUGUGUGUGUGUGUGUGUGUGUGUGUUUUUAUUUUAUUAUUUACCGGCGUAUAACACGCACCGGCGUAUAACACGCACCUCAUUUUAAGAAGGAAAUUUCAGGGAAAAAAAACUUAAAUUUAAAAAAAAAAAAAACUUCUUACCCCCUUCUUACUCCCCCCUCCCCCUCUUCUUACUUCCCCCUCCCCCUCUUACCCCCUUCUUACUACCCCCUCUCCCUCUUCUUACCCCCCUUUUUACUCCCCCCUUCCCCUCUAUUUACCCCCCUCUUCUUACCCCCCCCACUCUCUUUUUACCCCCCCACUCUCUUUUUACCCCCCCCCACUCUCUUUUUACCCCCUCCCCUGUAGCGUGGCCGAGCUGCUCUGCUGUCCGCGGUGCCCGGCCGGAGUGAUAGGAAGGUGCACGCUCAGUGUGCACCUUCCCGUCAGUCCGACCGGGUACAGGAGUUUCUGUUUCCUAUCACUCCGGCCGGGCACCGCGGACAGCAGAGCAGCUUGGCCACGCUACAGGGGAGGGGAGGUGAGAACCAACUGCAGCCGCCUGACCGCUCUUGACAGAGCGCUCAGGCGGCUGCAGCAUUUAAAGGUCCGGCGUAUAACACACACCCAUAAUUUGCCCCCUAUUUUCAGGGAGAAAAAGUGCGUGUUAUACGCCGAUAAAUACGGUAUUUAUUUUCAUAACCUUUUUACCCACUGAAGCAAGUCAUGUGGCUGCCAUUUUGUGAAAUAAAUUAAUUGUGGGUUAUAGCUAAUAAAUAUUGAACUUGAUGUGCCAAAGAUAAACUAUAAUGCCUCUGAGGUUUCUUGAUAAACUCUCUCCUUAAUCUAAUUUUUUAUUAUUGUUGGGUUCACAUACUUUAUUUCAUAUAUGUAAAUUCCGACCCUUUCUUCCUAUUCUCUAGUCAGUGAACCUGUGAAGAAACAAUACAGCGACAAUCUGAAAUGGAUUAAGGAAGCUGGAAAGCAUAAUCUAGUAAGUCUCUCUGGUUUUUGCUAUGUGGUCGUUCAUGGCAUCACAAUUUAACAAUAUGCCCCUUCUCGAUGCAUAACCGGACACCAAUGAAGAUCUCACGUGUCUUUCAAUCAGGUCGUUGGCUCCCAGGCCAGGAUUCUGUACUCUGACCAAAAAGGACGUGUCUCCAUUGCUGUGGCCAUCAAUAAAGCAGUUGCUACUGGACAGGUUAAGGUGAGAUAAUGGGGGAGGCCAUUCCAACGUUUGAUGAUUUGAAUGACAUUCAUGUCAGAAGUGUGGUGUAUUUUUUUAAAAUGUUUUUUUCCUGCCUUCCCUCUGCUCUUAACAUAUCCUUUUUAUACUGUUCUCCUGUCCCAUCUUUGGUGAGCAUUCAGUCUAAUCAGACAUUACUCUGUUUUUGAUGAAAUGUUGAAUAUUUGAUCGUUCAAAGUGGGCAUUCUUAGCAUGGCGCUAUUUUUACUACAUAUGACUAUAUUUCUCUUUUAGUGGAAUAAACCUGCCAUUUGCUUGUGGUUUCUAGUUACUUCACUUUAUUAAUAAACAGAAAUCCAUAUGUGGUGUAUAUCCUGUAUCUUUCAGUAUUAUGCCCUACCAAAGUGUCUUCCUAGUUAAAAUUUAAAAUGGAUACCUAUCUAUGAAAAUAUUUGUAAUAUGUAAAAUACGUUGAUCUAUAUAAAGCAGAUAGUUUAGCCAUGAUGGGGAAAAAUCGUUGUCAACUUCCCUUAACUUGUUAAUGACCAUCAUGAUAGACUUAUCUUGAUAUAAAUGUAUUUGCCUCCUACCGCCUGGUGUUUAAAGUGUUAGAGUUGUUUAGACUCUGCCCCUUGUGAUGUUUAUUAAUGGCUAAAAAAAAUUUAAUCUGUAGGGUCCAGUAGUGAUCAGUCGGGAUCAUCAUGACGUCAGUGGAACAGACAGCCCCUUCAGAGAAACCUCGAAUAUCUAUGAUGGCUCUGCCUUUUGCGCAGGUUGUUUUAAGGGAAUUUUUCUUACAAUCAAUGUUGCUCACUGAAAUUUGUUUAGUGGACUGUAACUAAUAUGUAUUGAAGGGCAGCUAUGUAAUGUGUAUUGGCCUUAAACCCUUGUUUAAUAGACUGCAGAAUGGGGGUACCCCACUCGUGUCAUUUUGAGAAUCUGUGCUGCAGCUCUAGAGCAACUUCUGAGCUCCCCUCCCGCCCCCCUAUUUUUUUUAUAAUGUAUUUUUUUUUAUUUUUAUUAUUAACGUGGAAAUUACCUUGUAGCAUUAUGUAGACUCAGAAACUCAAGUAACAAGAUAUUUAUCAAUAAAUAACAUACCAGAUCAAAAAACGAUGCAGACUCUUCUACCUACAUCUAGCUAAUCCAAUUUCUGCCUAACAGCCCUCCCAAGUGACUACUUUGAACAACUAUGUCCCUUCUCUUCCUCUGACAGAUAUGGCUGUGCAGAACUUUGUGGGAGACGCCUUCAGAGGAGCCACAUGGGUAUCUCUGCAUAAUGGAGGAGGCGUUGGCUGGUAAGUGGAUAACUAAUAAGAAUCAACUUUGGCAGAUUGUACAUUCACUGUUUGACUUGUGCUGCUUUAGUCUUAUUCACUACCCCAAGAAUUGUGAUGGAUUGACCAUACUGACCAAGAAAAUUGAAAUUUUAAAGGCCACAGUUUGGUAUUUGUAGAAUUCCUCCUGCCAUCGAAUUUUCAGUUCAAUUUGUCCACAAUCUCCACUUUAUUGAAUACUUGGUGUGAAUGCUCCAUUUAAAUGUCAAAAAGAUCAACAAUUAUUUCCUCAUCUUGUUAGAUUUCAUUAAUAUGUAAAUAUUCUAGACAGAUGCAAUUUGCUUUCCAUCUAUGGCAGAAAGGAAACUUGAUUUUGGUUAUGGGUAUAUCCUGCUAUUCUGAAACACAUUUGCGUUACUUAGUGAUUGGUGGAUCAUGCAUAACAAGGGAUUAGAAGUUGCAUGCUGUAGGGGCAGGUUGAUGGACCAGUGCAGAUUAUUUUGUAGCAGUGUUGAAGAGUAUGUUUGUUAGGAGGGUAAGCGUAAGAGAACCUGAUUGGAAUAUAAACACUGGGUACAAGAAUAAAUGACUUUGCAAUCCAUCUAACCAUUCUUUAUCCAGGCAAGUGGAAAGAUGGCUUAGUUGAGGGGUGGGAGAGUCUAAAUUGUCUGUUUUGGUCUAAAACUUGAAAUUCCAUGGUCAGUUUCCAGCAAUUCCCAGUUUGAUAAACAACCUUCUGUUUAACCCUGUCAUGGGACACCAUUCCAACAUGGACAAAAAGGACUAUUGCCCCUAUGGGAAGGGGUUAUGGAGACGCCCUGGACACUUAUUCUGCCUUUCAGAUGGAAUUGGGACACCCUUGGGGAUAACUAGUACCCAUUCUGCUAUUAAGCGCCUGACCAGGAGAUACUCUGGAACUGAUUGCUGGAUCUGGACUGUGCGGCAAUCCGGUGAAUCUUUGUUCGGUAUCACUUUGUCAUUGACCACCAACCACGGUGUUAUUUGAUCAGUAAGGGCACUGGAUGAUGGGCUAUCCAGUAACAUAUAUAAAUGUGUGGGUAUGGUGUCCAGGGAUUGUUGGUUCUGGGGGACAUUUUGUACAACGCAAGCAGGUAGUCUCUUGUUAGCUAGGGAUGAUGCAAUUAAGACCCCCACAUAGAUAGCGCCGGGCUGGGACUAUUCUAAGGGCUAUUGCAUUGCAUAGAGGACCCUCUGGUGUGGGAACCCACAUUUCUGUGUAUAAAUAGAUGUGUUGUAUGUAGAAUACUUUGUCUAAACACUGGGAGCUACCAUCAUCUUGAUGUGUCAAUCCCCCAAGUUGUCACCAGUGACGGCUGCAGAGAAUUGGCUUUAUCUAUGAAGGAUCCUGUGGUCUCAUUUAAUUUUUUUUAUUUUUAUUUAUUUUAUUUAUUUUUUUAAUGCAUCUGGCUGCUACACUUGUCUAAAAGGUUUAACUAUUUUGUAUGCAAACUGCCAUGCAUAAUUUUAAAAUUUUCCUAGAUAUACAUUCCUUCAUAAAGACUAUAGAGACACAGCUAUACAGAUUUUAUUUUCAGGGUUCUUGGUUUUUGUUUCCUACUGUUUUCCUACUAAAAUGUUUAUUUCAGGAACACAAAAUUUGAAAUGGAGGUUUUUCUCUGUCCUAGUGUAUAAUGUUCAAACAUGCUUUCCUGAGAAGUAGCUAAAUUUAGUCUUGCUGGCUAGAUCCCACCAGCUGUAUCACAGUAUAAGGGAACAUUGUAGAACCUUAUUAAUUUCAACGUUUUAUCCUCUGAGGCAUUCCAUGUAGCCUGACAUUUGGAGCCAAGCUAAUAUUUAAAAGCCUGGGAAUGAAAAUGCUGAAUUUAAAUUAUAUAUAUAUAUAUAUAUAUAUAUAUAUAUAUAUAUAUAUAUAUAUAUAUAUAUAUAUAUAUAUAUAUAUAUAUAUAUAUAUAUAUAUAAAACAAAUAUUUUCCUGAUGUGAUCAUCAAAGAGCACAACUUCCCCAGCACAUUCUUACAGAAACAAAGUCAAUCCUUAUUUUUCCUUCCUUAUUUUGUAGGGGUGAGGUAAUUAAUGGUGGCUUUGGCUUGGUUUUGGAUGGUUCUCAGGAGGCUGAAGACCGCGCUCGGAAUAUGCUAAGCUGGGAUGUCUCCAAUGGGGUAGGUUUAACGUUGAUUUUUUUUUUAUUUUUUUUUAUCUGAGAGUUGCCGCAUUACACUGUGGGGGGGGGGGAAAGUGAACAGACUGAGUCAUGUUUUAACAUUAAAAGAAAGUUCUUGACAUCCUUUUAUUAUACGGAUAUCCUGAUUGGCUGAAAGAGUUCAAACUCUGGCUAUUCCCGUAACCCCAAAAACCAUGAAAGGUUUAUAAUAAUCCUUACUCUGGUGGUGUGUGUUCUUUGUUUGUUUGGUUUUUUUGUCUCUUGUGAUGAAGUUAAGGCACAGCCUGGCGUACAAUGCAAAUCUUUGCCUAUAUCAUGUUGCCAUAUGCAUGCAGCUUGAAUGUUCAUGUUCACGCUAACAUUGUUAGAAGGGUGACUGGUAAAGCAAUGUGGCAUCGUUCAUGGUCAGAUUAGUAACCGUAGUUGAGUUGUGUGUCUUUUUUUUUUUUUUUUUUUUGUGAACUUGAAAUUGCAUUUGUUUUGCUACUGUAACCCAAUGAGAGAAAUCUAUUUUUGUGUAUUUCCAGGUGGCCAGACGUUGCUGGUCCGGUAAUAGUAAUGCCUAUGAUACGAUAGUUCGAACCAUGGAAGAGGAUGAAAAUCUGAGUGUGACCCUCCCACAUACAGUGAAGAACAAGGAUCUGCUGGAGAAGGCGCUCUCUAGUUUAAAAAAUGACCUUUAAUUUGGUCUUCUGACCACUACAAUUGUGCGUUCAGUUGUGGCACUCACCACAGACUUGCUCCUUUCCACAACUAUGCUUGAAAUGAACCCAAUCUUCUCCUGAGUCAUGCAGCCUGUUCACAUAUUUGCUUUUUUUUUUAAACAUGCAUUGACCCUCCUGUUACCAAACGAAAAGCCAAGAAUGAUUUGUGUUCCUUUUAGAACACAUCAGAACCUCCCAGCUAAACAGUGCCCUCUAAUCUUUCUAUCUCGUGCAUAUUGCAAGAAAGAAAUCUGAAAUGGUUUUCGACAUCUGUUGUGUAACUGAAUACAAUAUUUCACUAAAUCAUGAACCAUCUCAUAGUAUUUUUUUUUUUUUUUUUUUUGUAACUGAAUCAUUAUUUUGGUGUAGUAUUGAAGAUAUAUAAGGGUAACAUUUGUGCGGAAUGUCUAAACCCCCUCUCAGCCAAUACCUGUCAUGUUGGAUAAAAUCAACAUUCAUAAUGCAAAACUGUAAAAUACCUAAACUCAAUGUGAAUGAAUAUGGAG